AUGACGUCAUAGUGAUAAAUGCGUACUCGGCAACGACGUCAAAUCUACCGGAAUAUUUCUAGGGCGGAUCGCGUAAACGUUUCUAUGAAAUUUUUUCCCAAACAAUACGUAUUGUUAUGAAAACAAAGCAGAAAAAAUCGUCGCCAGCUGUCGACGAAGAGAGUUACAAGUCCGACUUCGAGUCGGACGAAGAACCAGCGCGCGUUUUAUCUAGCACUAGCUACAUCGUGCCGGGAAACCCGUUGGCGCCAGAAAAUCGUCUGUCCAAAACUGUGCAACAGAGCGUCAAAGAGCGCGCCGAGAGCCGUCUGAAGGCUACUUCCGUUCGCCCGGACAGUCGGACGCUCGCCGAAGGGCCUUGGCGAACCAUCGCUAGGCAGCCACGUGAAGAAACAGGCACGCCGACGAAGAGUGAUCUACUCACCAAGCAGCAUUGCGUUCUGCCUAGCAUCGAUAAGAAGUACCUGCCACAUCCUUCUGAUAGCUCCAACAUUCGGAGAGACGUCAUAUCGAUGCAGCGGAAGCUCCCGGAAGUACCCGAAGGCGCCCAGAACAUAAAGUACACGACCAGCUGCCUCGCUUUUACUCUCGAUUUCCUUCCCCCGCGUCGCCUGCCGCCGAUUCCACGCCAGAUGUCGGACGGGGUUGUCAGCCACAGGAAGCGUGCAUACUUAGAGAAUGACAUCGAGGUCACACGUAAGAAGCGCUCAAGGUCUCCAGUGAAACCAUACAGAAGUGGGGGUCAGAUGUUCAACAAGCUCCAACAACGAGUCGACGCCUGUCGACGUGCGCGUGAAGACCGCAACGCUGAGAUGAUGCGCGCGCAUAUUGCGGAAGUCGAAGAGCACACCUCAAGGAUCGGGACUCCCGGCGGUGACAUAGGCGAGCGCGUGCGUUCCGUUCGAACGCGGCAGGACCAGAUCCGCGAGGAGGCCUAUGCCAGAACCAUUAUAAAUUUCAUGACCUCGAAAAAGAAAUAGUCCAUACAUGGACGAUUAACAAUAUUAUUUUUUAUUCUUUUAAAAAUUGAAAACUUAUGAAAGAAAAUUUCACAACUUUGACAUUUAUAAUUUAUUAAAAUUAUAUUACAUGUUUACUUACACAUGUUUUUGAAAUAAGGAAUCCACUGAA